AGGGGGGGUCCACGGGGAGAAAAUGCGGUGUACCACCCUCUUGGCCCUGCUGACGGGGGUCAUGCUGUACCUGGUGAUGGGAGCGCUUGUUUUCCGUACCCUGGAGUUCCCCAAGGAGAAUUUGGCGUACGAAACAUUGGUCGCUACCAAGAACACCUUUCUUGAUAAUAACUCCUGUGUCACCGAGCAGGACUUCCACAGGCUGGUGAAGGGAGUGGUGUCUGCGGUGGAGGCGGGCCUGGAUGUGAACAACCUUCCUGUCAACUUCACCAGCCGCUGGGACCUGGCCUCCGCCUUCUUCUUCUGUGGUACCAUCAUUACCACCAUAGGUUUUGGGAACCUGUCUCCUCGGACACGGUACGGCCAGUUGUUCUGCGUGUGCUACGCCCUGGUGGGCAUCCCCAUGUUUGGUAUACUGCUCGCUGGAGUGGGUGACCACAUGGGCACAGUGCUGCGGAGAGCUGUGGCCAAGAUUGAAACUCUUUUCCUGAAGCGUAAGGUCCGGCCGACUACUGUGCGUGUGAUCUCAGCCGUUCUCUCCAUCCUGAUUGGUUGUCUGAUCUUCCUCGCUGUGCCAACAGUCGUGUUUCAGAAGGUGGAGGACUGGUCAUUUCUGGAGUCACUCUACUUUGUGGUCAUCACUCUCACCACCGUUGGCUUCGGGGACUACGUACCAGGUGGUGGUCGUGAAGGUGGCUGGUUCUUCAAGCCUCUGGUGUGGUUGUGGAUAGUGUUUGGUCUCGCCUACUUUGCCUCCAUCCUCACCAUGAUAGGUAACUGGCUGAGGGUGCUGUCUAAGAGGACCCGCGCUGAGAUGGAGGAGUUGAGGGCCCACGCUACAGACUGGACCCAGAACAUCCAGAACAUGUCCAUGGACUUCCGCAUCCCAAACCCUCUUGAGUUCAACGACCCUUUCCUCCUGCAGCGCCGGCGCUGGAAACGUAGUGAGCGUCGCCGCAUCCGUCGGGGGGGCGAGUGCACUCUGGGAUACAUGGCCCGUGGAGGAUCUGAAAAUGGACACCUGCCAAACCGCUGGGCCAGCCUCUCCCGCUCCAUGAGCCGGCUCGACGCCCAUUCCUCUCUUGAGAGGGCGUUGGUGGCCAAGUCCAGGCCACGGGUCAGUGCUGGAGGUGGAACAGUCCCGAGAGCAGGGCCUGCAUGGAGAGUUGACCCUCCUUUGGGUCCGCAGUUGGAGGGCAGGUCACUUCCUCACCUGCUGGCCCGCUCAUUCUCCCUCCCUGUGGCCUGCUCCACCAUAGAACUGGACGCACCAGGUGCAGCUACGCAGGGAGGAUCUCUCUCUGGGUCUGAGUCUCCUUUUGACUCCAGAUCAGACGUCUCCUCGGUCUCCUCAUCCUUUUUGGUGCUUCAUAAGUCGCAGCCAUGCCAUACAGUCCACAACAUGGAGGAGGGAGGAGCGAGAGCCGCAGACAUGAAGACGGCACAAGAGAAGGACAAACUGAUUCCAGCAGAGAAAAGUGUAUUUGUAGCCAACAAUAGCCACAGACGUUCACCUGCUCCUGUUUUGCGUUCUCGCUUCACCCCUCUUCGUCCUUCUUAUCAUCCUUCUCGCAAUCCAAUCCACCUUCCCUCCCCUCCCCUCCAUGCCGCCUCCGUACCAAGCUGCCAGCUGCUGGAUUUCUUUGGAGAGAACCUGGCGUACAUCGACGAGUCCUCAGACACUCUGAGUGACCGUGCUCAGCCAGGAGGAAGCGAGGAAAGAAGGAGACGGCCACGAAAGCCCAAAAGGAGGAUUAUUAGGAGGCAGCUGUCGCACAGGUGGAGCCCCCCGCAGGUGAGGAAGCCCAACAGUGACAUGCAGCCGCCGUCAAAUCCCCCCACACCACCGCCAGACUCCUCUCUUUCAGAUGUGCCCAGAUCGGAGAACCAGGCAGGUUCAUCUCCGACACUCUGACAGCCACUCACAAGUGACAGAACAUAAAGCUGUGGGUUUACAGCAGAUUUGACACUCCGACCACUUAGAACGUACAGUAUAAAGGCACGUGCAAAUCUCGCCAUCAUGAAUAUAGCUGAAGUUCAGGAUAUUUUUUAGUAUUUAAGAUAAGCCUCACAAAGUCAGCCCACAAGUUUUGCUUUGAUACUUUGUGAUCCGACAGAUGAUUGACAACUGCUUCCCUUCAGACAUGAGGAUGAUAAGACAUUAACAUAUCGUACUGCAUCAUUUACUGAUCUUUGCUUCCGUUUUUCAAACAGUGAACGAGACUAAGAGUCUGCAGCCACGCAAACGGUUCUGUGAGAAUUUACUGAAGCGAAUUUCAUCUGACUAACUAUUUCUUCUUAAAAAUCAUCUGAGCCCAAUUAUGCCUGGAAGACUCGAUGUCCUUAAUAAUCAAGCAGGUCCCAGUGAGCUUUGAUAAACUAAACGGGCACUUUGGCAAUUACCAGAAAUACGUUACACAAGUGUGCCUGUUCGGACAAACUUUUCAUACCAUAUUAAAGGGCGACGUGAAUGUCUGUACAAAAUAUUACGCCCAUCCAUCCAGAAGUGGUUGAGAUAUUUCAGCCGGGACUAAAGUUGGUAAAACGACCAACAUUGUGACCUAUGUUUUUCUCAAAGACAUUUUUGAUAAAGUUGUUUGCCUUCCAAACAAGGGAAUCAUGCUUCCCUUUAAA